AUGACUUCCGCACCCCCGCCUCCGCCGUCGCUGAACCCCGACGCGCCCCCGCGCGUCGUCCGCGCGCUGGCGCGGCGGCCUCCUCCGCACGCGCCCGGUCCGCCGCCGUGGGCGGAGCGUCGGCCUGCCGUGUCUGUCGACCUCGACCGCGGCCGUCGCUGGGUCCGCACCGAGGUGGACGGCGUCCGCGCCGCGUCGCUCCCUGCGCGGCACCGCCUCCGCUUGGAGGGCAACCGGUGGCAGCGGGACUGGAAGGUGUCCGAGGUCGCCGCGCGCGUGCUCGCGCUGCCUCCUAACGACGCGCACGCCGUCGACGCCGUUCUCAACUGCUGGGCCGGUCGCUUCGCACGCCGCAAUUUCCCGUUGCUCAUCCGCGAAAUUACAAUUUCUGGAUCCUUGAAACAUGCUGUACAUGUGUUCCGCUGGAUGAAAAAUCAGGAGAACUACUGUGCUCGCAAUGACAUUUAUGGCAUGAUGAUUAGGUUACAUGCUAGACACAAUCAGGUUGAUCAAGCGCGUGGCCUGUUCUUUGAGAUGCAAGAAUGGCGGUGCAAGCCUGAUACUGAUACAUACAACUCUUUGAUCCAUGCUCAUGCUCGAGCUGGCCAGUGGCGUUGGGCCAUCAACAUUAUGGAUGAUAUGCACCGUGCUGCUAUACCUCCUAGCCGAACUACGUAUAAUAAUGUUAUAAAUGCGUGUGGGGCUGCUGGUAACUGGAAGAAAGCUUUAGAACUUUGUAAGAAGAUGACUGAAAAUGGUGUAGGACCAGAUUUGAUCACGCACAACAUUGUCUUGUCUGCUUUCAAGAAUGGAGCUCAGUAUUCAAAAGCCAUAGCUUAUUUUGAAAUUAUGAAAUCCUCUAAAGUUGCCCCUGAUACGUGCACCAUGAAUAUUGUGAUCCAUUGCCUUGUAAAGGUUGGGCUGUAUGGGGAAGCUAUUGAAUUGUUUAACUCAAUGAGGGAAAGAAGAACAAUAUGUCCUCCAGAUGUUGUUACAUAUACUAGCAUAAUGUAUUCUUAUUCUGUUUGUGGGCAAGCUGAAAAUUGCAAGGCGGUCUUUGAUAUGAUGGUUGCUGAAGGUGUCAGACCUAAUAUUGUAUCCUACAAUGCACUUUUGGGUGGUUAUGCCUCACAUGGUAUGCACACAGAGGCCUUGGAGACUUUUAAAUUACUGAAGCAAAAUGGGUUGAGACCUGAUAUAGUUUCCUAUACCUCCUUACUUAAUGCUUAUGGUAGAUCUGCACAACCUGAGAAGGCUAGGGAGGUCUUUAAUGAAAUGAGGAAGAAUGCACGCAAGCCAAAUAAAGUCAGUUACAAUGCACUUAUUGAUGCUUAUGGAUCUGCUGGAAUGUUGAAGGAAGCCAUUAGUCUGCUGCAUGAAAUGGAGCAAGAUGGCAUUCAACCGGAUGUUAUUUCAAUCAGUACUCUGUUAACAGCAUGUGGCCGCUGCAGGCAGCUAACUAAAAUUGGCAUAAUUCUUGCAGCAGCUAAGUCUCGAGGGAUCCAACUAAAUACAGUUGCUUACAACUCAGGCAUUGGAAGCUAUUUAAGUUUAGGAGAUUAUAAGAAAGCUUUGGAGUUGUACACAUCAAUGAGGGCAGGCAAUGUGAAGCCAGAUGCUGUGACUUACAAUAUACUCAUUAGCGGAUCUUGUAAAUUGGGAAGGUAUGUAGAGUCUCUGCAAUUUUUUGAAGACAUGAUGGACCUGAAUAUUCAUUUGACCAAGGAAGUCUACUCGUCCGUGAUUUGUUCAUAUGUCAAACAGGGAAAACUAACUGAAGCAGCAUCUGCUUUUAAUUCUAUGAAAGAAUCUGGUUGCUUCCCUGAUGUUUUGACAUAUACAACAAUGAUUAAAGCCUAUAGUGAUGAUGGGAGCUGGAGGAGAGCAUGGGACCUAUUCAAAGAGAUGGAAUGUAAUGACAUACAGCCAGAUGCUAUUGUCUGUUCAUCCCUCAUGGAAGCAUUGAAUAAGGGAGGUCAACCUGAAAGGGUCCUUCAGUUGAUGGAAUUCAUGAAGCAAAAACAGAUUCAAUUGAACCAAAAGGCUUAUUUUGAGAUAAUAUCUUCAUGCACCAUGCUACGGGACUGGAAAACAGCAAGUCAAAUAAUCGAACAUUUGGAUUCCUCUCUCUCAUCGAUUUCUUGUGGCACACUAAACCAUAUUUUAAAUUUUCUUGGAAAAUGUGGCAGGACAGAGAGCAUGAUGAAGCUGUUCUAUAAGAUGGUGACUUCAUGCUCUACUGUGGGCCUUUCUACUUAUACGAUUCUGCUGAGAAAUCUCUUAGCUGUGGGGAAAUGGAGAAAGUAUGUUGAGGUUUUGCAGUGGAUGGAAGAUGCUGGAAUCUGUCCAACACUCUAUAUGUAUCAAAGCGUGCUUCCAUAUAUCUGGAGAGACAACAGAGGAAACAAGAUCAGGAGGAAACAAGAUGCAACAUGCAACUACUUUAAUUAA